UCGUAUUAAACAUUUGUUGUGUUUGGAUCUGUCCAAUUGUAGUUCCUGUUCGUCUUAUUAGUACGAGGAAAAAAAACUUUCUAACGAAUUUAAAAUUAAAAAGAAACUUGUGAAAAAAAUACCGUGCAAAAUUAUAAAAAAAAAAACCGGUUGAAUACAAAUAAAUAAAGCAUAAAAAGGAAGAAAAAUUCAAAAUGGCUAUUGUACCACUGCUUGCAAAUUUAGCACGUGAACUUGAAUCAGAGUAUCGUCCACUUGGUGAAUUGGAACAUCUAUUAGAUGAUGAUUUUGGUUUUGGUUUACAUCCAGUUGACAUAUUUCGUCCACGCUUGAGUCAAAAUUCAUUACUUUUGCAUCCAAGACGUCGUUUUUUGCCAUAUGAUCGUAAUCAUUCUCUUGCUAGACGUCUAUCAGCUCGUAAACAUGGUGCAGAAACUUCGAUUGCACCAGUAAUUGGUAAAGAUGGUUUUCAAGUAUGUAUAGAUACUUCUUCAUUCAAGCCCAACGAACUUACUGUUAAGACUCUCGACAAUACCGUUGUCAUUGAGGGUAAGCAUGAAGAGCGUGAAGAUGGUCAUGGUUUGAUACAACGUCAUUUUGUGCGCAAGUACACAUUACCAAAGGAUUAUGAUCCAAAGGAUGUUGUCUCAACAAUUUCAUCAGAUGGUGUGCUCACUAUCAAAGCACCACCCCCACCAAAUAAAGCGCUAAAAGAGAAUGAGCGUAUUGUACAAAUACAACAAACUGGUCCGGCUUAUUUGAGCGUUAAAGCCCCCGAACAGAACGACAAGGCUGAUCAAGGUCAAAAUGGUUCUCCAGAAAAAAUGGAGACUAGCAGCAAGUAGUUAAGAUAGUUAAGCUUUUGUAAUCAUUUAAAUGCAUUUAAAAAAAUCUUAUAAUAUUAGUAAUAAAAACAAAAAAUUCAU